AUGCGGUCUCGCUUGGCUCCGGGAGUCUGGUUCCUCCGCGCCUUCUCCAGGGACAGUUGGUUCCGAGGCUCCGUUCUGCUGAUGACCUUCCUCAUUUAUACCUGCUAUCACAUGUCCAGGAAGCCCAUCAGUGUCGUCAAGAACCGUCUGCACCAGAACUGCUCAGAGAUCAUCAUACCCAUCAAUGACACCCAUAGUCUCAAUGACACCACAUGGUGCAGCUGGAGUCCAUUUGACAAGGACAACUACAGUGAGUUACUGGGGGGUGUGGACGAUGCCUUCCUCGUGGCCUAUGCCAUCGGCAUGUUUAUCAGGCGGGGGCUCAUCAUGGGCGUCUGGAAUUCCCACACAUCCGUGGGCAACAUCCUGGGCUCCUUGAUCGCAGGCGUCUGGGUGAACGGGCACUGGGGCCUGUCCUUUAUUGUGCCCGGGGCCAUCACUGCUGCGAUGGGCAUCAUCACCUUCCUCUUCCUCAUCGAAUACCCAGAAGAUGUGGACUGCAGCCCUCCCCAGCACAAUAAUGGGCCAGAUGACGACCAGGACAACUCUGAGGACACUGGGAUUGGUCCCUACUCUAACAGGGAGAACAGCCUUGAGACUACACCCAGAUGUUCCAAGGAGCCAUGCGCCGAGCCCACUGCCAUCAGCUUCCUUGGGGCGCUCAAGAUCCCAGGUGUGAUCGAGUUCUCCUUGUGUCUGCUCUUCGCCAAGCUGGUCAGUUACACCUUCCUCUACUGGCUGCCCCUCUACAUCGCCAACGUGGCUCACUUUACUUCCAAGGAGGCUGGAGACCUGUCUACGCUCUUUGAUGUUGGUGGCAUCAUAGGCGGCAUCACGGCAGGGCUCAUCUCUGACUACACCAAUGGCAGGGCCACCACUUGCUGUAUCAUGCUGAUCCUGGCUGCCCCCAUGAUGUUCCUGUAUGACUACUUUGGCCAGAAUGGGAUUAUCAGCUCCACAGUGAUGCUGAUCGUCUGUGGGGCGCUGGUCAAUGGCCCUUACGCACUCAUCACCACUGCUGUCUCCGCUGAUCUGGGUACUCACAAAAGCCUGAAGGGCAAUGCCAAGGCCCUGUCCACCGUCUCAGCCAUCAUCGAUGGCACCGGUUCCGUAGGUGCAGCUCUGGGGCCUCUGCUGGCUGGGCUCAUUUCCCCCACAGGCUGGAACAAUGUCUUCUACAUGCUCAUCACUGCUGAUAUCCUGGCCUGCUUGCUCCUCUGCCGGUUGGUGUACAAAGAGAUCCUGGCCUGGAAGGUGUCCUUGAACAGAGACACAGGCUCUAAUCUGGCCCUAACCCACCCGUGAUUGUUUUUUCCUCAACUCCCAUGACUUUUGU